AACUCUAUUAGUUUUAGUUAGCCUUUAAACUUGUAUCUUCUCCAAAAAUGAAAAGAAUGGACUUCUUCUGUGCUUCUCACGCUUCAACAGCCAUCUGCUCAAGCCUGGACCAUCGUUCCAUGGUCCGCCCUGGCCGUCGGCCUAUUGACCGCCAAGAUUCUAAGCCUCAUGUACCUUGUUCAUCAGAAUUGCCUAUGUUUCCAGGGCUGCCUCACCGUGAAAAGAGUAGAAAGAGCUCUGUUAAACCAAGUGAUGUACGUCGGAAAAGUUCAGCUGAUAUCCAUGAUCUUAGGAGCCCUUCUGGUUCCUCUAGAUAUCUUCUAAGCAAUACACCUUUUAUCGAUUGGUUAUCGGACUCUGAUCGUGUCUCACCAUCGGUUCCAGCUCAGCCUACAAAGCCAAACCAUGUAAGCUCCAACGAUUCUCCCGCUUUAAAAUCAUCUUCAUCCGCCCGGUCCCAUCACCAGGUAGUGGUUUUGAGGGUGUCAAUCCAUUGCAAAGGAUGUGAAGGGAAAAUAAGAAAACAUAUCUCAAAAAUGGAAGGAGUGACAUCCUUCAGUAUAGAUUUGGCCACAAAGAAAGUGACAGUAAUAGGUGAUGUAACUCCCUCGAGUGUGCUAGCAAGUGUUUCCAGGGUGAAGAAUGCACAGCUCUGGCCAUCUGCAACAGCAGCAUCGGCUCUAUCUUCUCCAAUGGCCAAAGACUCAUUGCUGAUAAAAAAUAAAAAAACACUAGGUUUUUUGUUGUGAACAAAUCAAAUGUAAGCUUUCCUGGGGACUGUU